AUGGAAUCUAAAUCACUCCCCCAGCCUCUGCCAAGACUCAUCCCAGCGGAUCAGGUCCUUUCGACCAUGAAACGCAUCAUCAAACAAUAUCAGGCUGGACGAGAAAACAUCAUUCAAGAUGUGAAUCCCCAAACCGCCACAUUUGGCAACGUCAUUCAGCCUCUGAUCAACAUUGAUAACGCAACCCAGGGGGAGAUUGAAGCCUGUGCUCUCAUCAACGAAGAUCAAGCGGCCUUUACCGCGAGAUCAGACUUCUGGUGCCUAAUUAAAGCCGUCAAAAAAAGGCCUGACGAAUUAACUCUCCAUUUCGAAGCUCGAAAGUACCUCAAUAAGUUGUUUCUAGAGUUCGAGCAGUUUGGACACGGCACUUUACAGCCUGAGCAGAUCAAACAAUACUUGGAGAGAAGGAAUCGCAUAGACAGCAUGCGACGCGAAUACAACCAGAGAAUCCGCGAAGACAGCGGAGGUCUAUGGUUUUCCCUCGAUGAUCUUGCAGGUAUACCCCAGCAUGAUAUAGACCGUUUUGAGAAACACUCGGAGAAUCACGAUAUACUGUUCGUUCGAUUUUCAGUGGCAGACUCUUUGGCUAUAUACCGAAACGCCUCAAAACCCGCCACACGUAAGAGAAUGUAUAUUUGCGAUGGAAAUCACCGUAGCCAGAAUGACGAACUCUUCAAGCAGAUUGUUUUGGAAAGGGAUCGGAACGCUAGACUUUUGGGUUACGAAAGCCAUGCAGCAUAUCGACUAAAGAAAAGAUUGAUGAAGUCUCCGGGCAAUGUCAAGGAGUUUCUGACAGACUUGGAAACUAAGCUGUUGGCUCGAGGGAAACAAGAUAUGAAAUCACUGGUGGAGUUGAAGAAACAAUGCGAAGCUAAGUACACCACUGGAGAGGGCUUGGAUGGUGACAAGAUGUUUCCAUGGGAUUAUUGGUAUUACGCUCGUAUGGCCCAGCGAAGCCUAAAUGUCAAUCAGGAACAUAUGGCUGAGUAUUUCCCGCUCCAACAUGUUAUCAAGGUAAUGUUGGAAAUGUUUCUGGGUUCCUGGAGAUACAGUUUUGUCCCAUAUCUCCAGAUCAACUCAAAGGCUCCGCAUGGCAUCAAGAUGUACAAGCUUGGGCAAGAUAAUAAGUACAAGGGCAACCAGAACGUCAACCUCCAAUGUAGCUACCUGAAAGAGGAUGGCACACGAGUGUAUCCAGCGACCAUCUUAAUGUGUUCCUUUCCACUCUCCAAGCCCCCGGACUGUACCUUGCUAAAGCACUGUCAGAUAGUAUCUCUCUUCCACGAAUUGGGACAUGGUAUCCACGACUUGGUGGCUAGAACCACCUACGUAGCUUUCCAUGGUCACAGGUCACCACAUGACUUUGCAGAAGCUCUCAGCGUAAUGUUUGAAAUGUGGUGCUGGAUGGAACCGGAACUCAAACGCCUGGGCCUCCAUUACACAAGGACUGAUCCGCAGUUAAAGGAGAAAUGGCUGCGGGAACAUCCGGGAGAGGAGCUUCCUCCAGCACAAAUACCCGGUGAGAUGAUCAGGCAAUUGACUCAAGGCCGGCAGGUGACUCGCUCGUUGUGGUUCCUUCGUCAGAUGGUGUAUGCAAGAUUUGACAUGGCCGUGCACCAUCCCAGGAGUCACGCUGAGCUUCUAGAGAUGGAUUUCACAAAGGUCUACUAUGAUCUCAUGGAGAAGCUAUGGCUUGUUCGUGCACUGGAGCUUGAGGAUCAAGGAUAUCCACACGCCGACCUUGGCCAUCUGGUUUCUGGCUAUGAUGCAGGCUAUUACUCCUAUCUCAGGCAAGUCACCUUUACCCUGCCAUGUAAAGCAAUCACUCAUAACAGAUCCUCAGUGCUCACGUGUUUGCGGCAGAGCUUUUUGAGUCUACGUUCCUUGAGGAUCCAAGGAGUGUAUAAGCUUGGGAAAAAUACAGAAAGUGAAUUCUUGAAUUCGGUGGAAGCCGAGAUGAGUUGGGGCUGCUGGAAGAGUACCUGGGACAUACUCCUACGGCUGAGGCGUUGCUCCGUGAUAUCUUACAAUAGGAAGGUUGUGGAGCGAAUCCACGUCCUUUCAAAGUCAUAA